AUGGCCGAGACUGGGAACACUGGGAAGGGGGUCACCGCUGGGAAACUGGCCAUCACCGUCCAGAAAAGAUUGAGCAGAGCGCAGGAGAAGGUUUUGCAGAAACUCGGCAAAGCAGACGAGACCAGAGAUGCCGUCUUUGAGGAGAUGGUGGCCAAUUUCAACAAGCAGAUGGGAGAAGGCACCAAGCUGCAGAAGGAUCUGAAAGCGUACAUGGCAGCAGUGAAGACUUUACACGAGGCAUCACGGAGGCUGCAAGACUGCCUGGCUGACAUGUACGAACCAGAGUGGUUCGGCAAAGAAGAGAUGAACGCCAUGGUGGAGGACACAGACACACUGUGGUUGGAUUUCCAUCAGAACAUCACUGACAGCUCGAUGCUUUCCAUUGAUUCGUACCUGGCUCAGUUCCCUGAAAUCAAGGCUCGCAUUGCAAAGCGGGACCGUAAAAUGGUGGAUUUUGACAGUGCCAGGCACCACUUUGCCUCCUUGCAGAAAGGCAAGAAAAAGGAUGAGGCCAAGAUCGCCAAGCCUGCAGCCUUGUUGGAGAUGGCGGCGCCAAGCUGGGCUCAGGGUUUGCUUUCAGCCCACCAGGUGGCUCAGACUAACCUGUCCUACAAUCAGGCCGAGGAGGAGCUCGGUCGCUCUCAGAAGAUUUUCGAAGAGCUAAACGUGGAAUUACAAGACCAGCUUCCAGUGCUGUGGGACAGCCGUGUUGGCGUCUAUGUUAACACAUUCCAGAGUCUGGCGAAUCAUCAAGAGAGGUUCCACAAAGAGAUGGGCAAGCUGAGUCAAAACCUGAAUGACAUCAUGACCAAACUUGAAGAGCAGAGGCAGCUCAAAAAAGAUGGUGUAGGAGCCAAAGCGGGAGACACCGCAAAAAGCGAGGAAGCCAACCACAGCCAGGCCGCCAGCUCUCCACCAAAGAGGCCAAACCCGCUGCCUGCUCGACCUCCGCGACAUGCCGAGCCACUUGAUGACGACAUGCCUGACAUUAACACGGAGUGCGAAACAACACAGGGUUCUGAAUCCAACAGCUCAGACUACAAACUCCCUCCUGGAUUCCUCUACAAGGUUAAGGCCGUCCAUGAAUAUGCUGCCACUGAUGGGGAUGAGUUGGAGUUGACCGUUGGAGAUGUUGUGCUUGUGUUGGCCUUUGACAACCCCGACGAGCAGGAUGACGGCUGGCUCAUGGGUGUGCAAGAAUCUGCCUGGAUACAAAACAAAGAUAUUUCAUCCAAAGGUGUCUUCCCUGAAAACUUCACGCAGAAGCUUUGA